AUGUUAUUUGAUCGAAGUCAUCGAGAAAAAAAGUCAAAAAAAAUAUAUUCACCAUCAGAUCCAUUGGAACCAUAUUAUUAUUUAGUUUCUCAUGAUGGUCCAGAAAAGUAUCAAGUUGUUGGUCGUACAAGUGUUCAAAAAAUGUUCAAUGGUAGAGCUGUCGUCUCCAACAUUUCUGGUGAAGUACAGAUUAUAACAUCAGGUACUUUCGAUUAUUGUAGAAAAGAAUUAAACCUGAAGAUGCAAGAAUUGGAAUGUGAAGCCGACGACAAGGAUGGUGAUGAAGUAGAUGAAGACGAUGAUGAUCCCAUAAAUGAUGACAAUGGUGACGAUGAAAUCAAUGACGAUGAUAAUGGUGACGACACGUCGUAUGUCAAUCAACCAUCGACGAAUUGUUUGAAACGGCCUAGUCAUGGCUUUAGUACACCUGCGUUGAAACGUUCAUAUAAUAAUGGUAAAUUAGCAUCACGAUCAAAUCAACGUUGCAAUCGUGAUCAUUCUUUGCAAAAUGAUGAUCGAAGUCGAUUAACAGUUACUGUUGCUCGUGAUCCUGCUGCUAACAAAAACAUGAAUCAUCAUUAUCGAGAACAAAUUACUGGUAAUGCUUCACGUUUAAGAUGUGUUACACAUGAUGAUAAUUGUCGUUCAGAUACAAAUAUUGGACCUACGUUCAAAGAUGAAAUGAUUAGUGGAAUGCGUUCAUUACGAAAACAACUUUCAAAAUUGACAAAAACAGUAGAUCAUCUAACAAUUCCAUCAGUAUCUAAAAACGAUCAGUUAUUAUCAUAUCGUGAUGAAAAUGAUAAAGAAAAUUAUCCUGAUGAAAUUAUAUGGAAUGGUAAAAAUUUAUUGAAAGUAACUGCUCAAGAUGUUGGUGAUUAUGGAAGAAAACUUAUGGAUAUUUUAUUUACAGAAGAAGAAUUACAGUCUAGUAUUUUGCCAUCACAAGCCGCACACCUGUAUCAAAAAAACGUUUUGGAUGAAGAGCGUUUUCAAAUUUUGAAUGAUGCGAUACAUAUUAAAUAUCGACUAUCAGAAGAUGGUUAUCGUCGUUAUUAUACUAAUACAUUACGUGUAAAAUUAAGUAGAUAUUUAUAUGAUCAAGGGACACGAAAAUUGAAGAAAAACGUAGGAUUACUUGAACAGCAACAGCAACAUCAUUUACCAUAA